AUGGAAUCUAUCAUCCUUUGGAAUUGUAGGGGGGUUAGAAAGAGGGAGGCCUCCUUAUAUCUUAGAGAAGUUGUGAAAGAUUACAAAGGUUUUCUUGUGGGACUUACUGAAACAAAGAUUUCUUCUAUUGAUAGGAGUGAUAUUAACCAAAUUAUUGGUAGUGAAUGGGAUUAUUUCAGUCAUCCUUCGAAUGGUACUUCGGAUGGUAUCUUAGUCAUGUGGAAAAAGGAAUUUGCUUCUUUUGAAAUUGUUGAUCAUUCCUCCCAAGUGAUAGUAGGACAGCUCAACAUCAAUACUUUGGGUAAAUGGAACAUUGCAACUGUUUAUGGAGGUAAAGAUGCUCAAACCCGUAGAUCUCUUUGGAACAAGCUUGAAGAUUGUAUGAGUGCUGAUGAGCCUUGUAUCAUAGGAGGGGACUUCAAUUGUAUCCUCUCUAAGGAGGAUAAGAGGGGUGGAAAGAGGUUUGAUCUUUCCAAAGGGUCUAAAGAUAUGAAGAAGUUUAUGAUAACUAAUUACUUCCAUGAUAUAGGAUUUGUGGGUCCUAGCUAUACAUGGUGUAAUAACAAGGAAGGGAAUUCUAGAAUUUGGGAGAGACUUGACAGGUGUAUUUUAAAUUCUAUGGCUCUUCACAAUAUUCCUAUGGCUAAGGUGCAUCACUUGCCUAGAGUUGCUUUGGAUCAUGCUCCUAUAUCUAUCAAUCUAAAAGAAUGUCAAAACCAAAUCGGGUUUCUUAAGAUUCGAAGAUACGUGGUAGACUUAUCUAGCCACUUGGAACAUUAUUCUCAAAGCUUGGAAGAAAUUGGAUUUUGGAUCUAG